AUGUGCCCCUGCACAUCCAUAUAUUUAAGCCUCGUCUUUACCUUCAUCCUGGCCCCCGUGGCUACUGCCAAGGAAUGCUACUAUUGUGACGUGACAGUGGCACCUCACUGUGUGGGUACCCCUAUGACUUGCGGGGAAGAAGAAGACUGCUUUGUUGGACGUGGUACGGCUCAGGGUUUCCCAGGAAUUAUCAUAAAGGGUUGUAUACAAACCAUCUCCUGUGGCUGGUCGCAAUCUAUUACCCACCUGGAUGUAACCUACAAUCUGACAACCUACUGCUGUCCUGGGAACCUGUGUAACGUGAUCCAACCUCGCCGGGCCCCCAAGCCGCCAGAUGCUGCUACUGUUGCUGCUGUGGUUGCUGGACUCAUACUGGCACUUCUUCUCUGUUGGCUGCUGUGA